GGCAAGAGGUGUGACAUGUCCACCUCCAUUUCCAACUUAAUCAUACCCAUUUUGUCUCCUUGCCAUUUCAUAUUUCUCCUUCACAAUCAAACAUCCUCACCUACUCAACACCCCCUUCCCCCACCUCCGCCGCCGCCCGCUAUUUCUCAUCUGACGCAGCCACGACCUCCUGAUCUCCUCAAUUUAUGAAUCCAAUCCGAUAAUCUCCUCGUUUAUUUUCUUCCGAUCGGGUUCCGCUACUUACUUUCACUCUCAUCUUGGGAGGAUCUAGGGCUUUUUCCCUCUUUUAUCAAGUAAAUUCAUACCACAGAAUGAAGAGGUCGUCGUACUAUAAUGCGGUUCCUGAUGUACCAGAUCAGUGGCCAAUCAAAAAAGCACUUACACUCUCUGAUAUUGAUAUUACCCACCCUUUCCUAACGUUGUCCCGGCAACAAGUUGAAACUAACAUCGUAUUGUGCAUGACACCUCAAGAUCAGGAAAUCUUAAGAGCUGAAGGACAAGUGGGGUUUAAUGCUCAGGAUGAUGACAAUGGCGAUAUGUAUGUGAUGAGAUUGAAGUGGCGCGGGAGCUAUUAUAAUCUCAUUGGAAAAUGGGGAAAAGUUAUCCGUGGAAAGGGACUUGAUGUUGGGCAGGAAAUUAGACUACGGUGGUUUAAUGGUUGCUUACAUUUCUCUGUACCACAACAGCAGAUUGUUGUAGUUCCACCACCAGUCCGCUUGAUUACAGCACCACCCUUGGUGCAGGACCAAAGGCUGCAGGACCACUGGCCUAUUAGAAAAAUCCUGACCUCGUCAGAUGUUGACACUACUCAUCCUUUCCUUCCAUUGCCUCGUAAGUUGGUUGAAGAGCAUAUUCUUUCACAAUGGACGCCACAAGAAAGGGAAACUUUGAGGAAAGAAGAGCAGGUGCCGAUUAACGUUCGAGACUAUGACACAGGUGAAAUUUAUGGGUUGAAAUUAAGGUGGCGUGGGAAUUACUAUAACCUAGUUGCAAAGUGGGCUAAUGUUAUUAGACAUAAAGGGCUUGGUGUUGGGCAAGAGAUCAGAUUGCGCUGGUUAAAUAAUUGCUUAUACUUCUCUAUUCCAGAGGAGCAUUAUGUCACAGCAACACCGGGUCCUGAUAAUUGGCCUAUUAAGAAAGCUCUGACAUUGUCCGAUGUGGAUACAAAUCAUCCUUUCCUUACCUUACCAGGAAAAGCAGUAGAGGAUCACAUCCUCUUCUACUGGACUCACCAAUCUCGGGAGCAGUUAAGGAAUGAACAUCAAGUUGGAAUCAAUGCUCGGGAUUAUGAUAUGGGUGAUGUGUAUGUGAUGAAGUUGAAGUGGCGUGGAAGUUAUUACAACCUGAUUGGUAAAUGGGGUAAAAUCAUAAGAGAGAAAAGGCUGCAAGUAGGGAGGGAGAUCAGAGUUUGCUGGGACAACGGGUACUUGGUAUUCUCAGUUCCUGAGCUAUAGGGUCAUUUCUUUUAGAUAUAGGUAGGAAGGUCCUCCUCUGUUUUAUGAUUUCUACUAUUUAUUAUCAAAGCAUGUACGAGGAAUGCCCUCGUUCCCACUUCUCCUUGGUGGUUGGACUGACAUAGUUACAAACGUUGAUUCAGGUUGAUAUUAUCAAUGGGGUGGUUUUUCUGGGACUAGAACUUUCAACUUGGUUACCUUUCAUUUAGAUAGAAGGAGCACUACACUGGUGGGUAACAGCCAAAUAUCUUCAGUUGAAGUGAGUGAUUUGAGAUUUGAGAUCAUGGAACACUUCCACAAGUAGAGUUUAUGCUGCUUGAGCUUACAGUUGAUUUGAAGGAAGAGAUGAUUGCCUCAUUGUCUUCAGAUUUCAUUAUUGCUGUGUACAUACAUGUGGAAGAUUCUCGGUUUGAGCGUGUUCUUGAAAUCGAUCGUUUUCUUGACUGCUUCUGCUGAUCAUUUUACCCGGAUUAAGAUAUACUCAGUGUUAAUCCAACCAAGUAUUAACAUUUAAUCUGUUUUUCAAAUUUCUGCUCCAGACUCUGCCUGAUGAAAGUCUAUAAUAGUUAUCUGCUUCCAGUUUUAUA